UAAUACUCACAUGUGGUUUCCCAGAACCUGGUAGAGUUGGAGACCAGAGUGAUAGAGCUCAGACUGCACCACAACAAACUAGAGGAUCUCUCGGGAGCUCUGAUGGGGCUGACAAGUCUGCAGAGGCUAAACUUGAGUCAUAACAUGUUAACCCACAUUUCACCGGACGACUUCAUCGGCUUGGACAACUUGAAGAUUUUAGACAUCUCACAUAAUAUGCUUUCUACAUUAGAAGAGACUUCAAAGACUUUCCUGCCUUCUCUGGAGGAAUUGAUGGCAACACACAACCAACUGACUGCUCUAGAACGGGAUUUCCACGGUCUACCUGUACUCUGCUGGGCAGAUCUAUCGCACAACCACAUCCGUCAUAUCAGCAAGGAACUUGUCGAGAAGACACAAUGCCAGUUGUAUGGUGUCAACAGAACACUGAACAUUUACCUCAAUGAGAAUCCAGUUCUUUGCGAUGACGACAUGAUGGCUAUAAUAAAACUCAUGGAAGAGAGGAACACGACAAAAGUGUACGGAGAAGUGGAUUGCGUUGUGGAAGUGAACAAUACUGUGCCUAUGGCCAUGCCCAUGAUGCCUCUGGCAGCAUAAGCUCGUGUGAUAUUCAUACCCGCUUCAAUUACUUGUGGUCAUACUUAUAUAUAUGAGCUUCUUACAUUGCCCAGAGUCUGCAAGGGCUCGGAUCACUAAUUUCUGAGGUUACCAUCGUAUUUAUGUAGUAGCAGCGUUUCAAAUAGUAUAAGCUUCACAGAAGUAAAAUAUUUUAGUUCAUAAUUUUGUAUUAAACUCUUAGUUGUUUGUGUUAUUAUUGUCAUGUAUUAAAAUAUUGUAGACAUUAAGUUGUAUAAUUUCUUAGUUGGCACUGUACAUGUUUUAUAUUUGUAUUAACCUUGUUAUUAUUGAAUUGAAAAUUAAGUAAUUACUUAGAAUUAGAGUAGAUGUAUAUUCUAGUUAUAAAUGUAUUUUAAAUGACCGAAACCUACAUUAUUUUAUUAAUUCUUGUGUCUUCCAUUUAAAAAACUUCUAUUUUUGUUAUUAUACUCAUUUUAAAGUCAUUGUAGCGAAUGUAUUUCUUAAUUAUAACGUAAUUAAUGAUAAUCGUGUAUUUUCAUGUAAUUCACUGUCCAAUGUUUAUGUACGCACAAUUAAUACAUAAUAAUAUAUUACUGUAAAUAUUAUGAUGAAAAAUUAUGCAAAUUUUAUAAUUUAUUUCAAGUUAUCAAAAUUAAUUAUUGGAAAAGAUGUCACUGUGGACAACGGCUGUGAACGAUGUAAUAUUUUACAAACAUUUUAUAUUUAAGUGAACAAGUACAUUACAUGAAAACUAUUUUAACUAUAGACUGUUACAUGUUACGUGUAAAGGGUGUCUGGUGUUUCUGAUGUGGUGAAAUUCAAUAGAAAUAAUUGAGAAUCAAUUUCAAGAGAAAUAUAGCAAAUGUUAACAAGAAAAAUAUAAGAGAAGAUACAUUUUUCUUUGCAGCCAUUUUUACAGCUAACAUUCUAAGGUUAAUUCCUCUACAUAGUCUUAACGUUAUGUAUCAAUUAUUAAAUAUUGUUCUUUAAUAUAAACAUAACCAAAAUUUACUAUAAGAUCAGACUUUAAAAAAAUUCUAGAACACUGAAUUACGUUUUACUUUUGUAAAAUGCCUGUGAUUUUAUAUCAGAAUUUAAUUAAAGGGUAAUCAUUUACCUAGUGAAUUAUAAAUGUAGAAUUGAUUACAACAAAAUCAUGUUUUAUUUUUAAGUCAGGGUGUAGCUUUUAGACUGUACAUAACUUAUGCUGUAACAUUUUAUAAAGUUUUCACUAACAAUAUAUAUGUUUCUAUAUUUACAGUUGUAUUGUAAAAUAAAGAAUAAAGUUUUUAAAAUGAAUUAUAUAAGUAUAUAUUUAUAUAUAGUACAUUACUUUGACGACUAUGCAACCUGACACAAUAGAGUUGUUAAGCAAACAAAACCCUAUGGAGUUAUUAAACAAUUUAUUUACAAAUAAAA